UGUUCCUGCAAUAGCGGAGGCUGCAGUUUCAGGACCGCAUUUCUAGGACCGCAUUUCUAGGACCCUAGGUUUUCGUGACACUGCCGCCCAAGGACCGCAUUUCUAGGACACAUCCACACACGUGGACGACAGUCAAAGUAUGCAUGUAACAAUCCAAGAAGGGAGCUCCUUGCCCGAAUUGAAAAGAUGCACCACAUGCUGCAAGGACUAUCACUGCCCGUUCUGUAGCUCAACUUUGUUCCACCCAACAAAGCUGAGCAAGGUCAGAACCCAUUUAGAGAGCCAUUUCAACCGUGCAGUUCUCCAUGAAGGGUAUACCAUUCACAGAUGUGGGUUAGAUUGCCGACCACAAUGGCAUUACCACUGUAUCCACUGCCAGUCAAUGCUGUCACGUAAACCGGACUUCAUUAAACACCUGUCUUUGUGCAAGGAGAAGCACCCUGCCAUAACCCCCUCCAUCCAUGGAUGGAGCGAUGUGGAGGGUUGGAUGGAUGUGGUGGAGGGAUGGAGGAGUGGAGAUCCUCAUCUCCCUCUGUCAUCCCUGCGCCUGCUGGUUCCACCACUGAGGUUGAUGUCAGCCUGUAUGUGGCAGGUGGCCCAGGAGCGAAAUGUAGACCAGUAUGACAAACUGGCUGAAUUCAUCACAUUAGUGACAGAGAUGGUCCCAGAGCUUCUGAACUACAAACAGAGGACUCAGCUCAUCCUUGGACUGAGAGCGCGGAUAAUUUUGGAAUUUCUAAAGAAGGUGGAUCCCGUUGACUGUAAUGCUAUCCAGGAACACCUCAAACUUUUCCAAAAGAGUACAACAAACUGCAAGGAGGAGGAGGAGGAGGAGGAGGAUCAAGAUGGAGAGGUGGAGAUAUCAAAGUUGGCAUUUGUGGAGUUGGUUCAGACAUUACUCAGUGACAAAUAUGAAAAGGAUAAAUUUCUCCAGGAGGUAUUCCCAGCACUGUAUGGAGCCCGUUUUGAUACAGUGUUGCAGAUCCUGGUGUGGGAGUUCUUCUACCGACUGGAAGAGUUUCUCCCAGUACCAAGUUUCUCUAAGGUAUCCUCCGUGUUUGACCUGUCCUCCUCUGACUUCCAGUUUGAGCAGUUUGUCUCUGAUCAUGACGAUCUGAGGAAGAUUCUACAGCAUCAAAAGCAACGACAAAAGUUGACUAAAAGUGAAUUCUCCUUCAUGUCGGACACUAUCCUGUCCACACUUGCAUCUAAACAGGCGUCAGUGGCAUCAGAUCACACUGAUAGUUUAAGGGAUGGAAAAGGUGGUGACUGCAGUGAUGUAGAGACUGACGACAGUUCCACUGAACCUGAUCCAUCAAACUCGCAGUUGCAGGAGAGAGGAAAGUCACCGCCCCCUUCCUCUCCAUGUUCUGAAGAAGCUGGCGUGGCAGAUCAUGCCAUCAGCUUAGUCCGUCAAAGCACCUGUUGUUCCCCACCAGGUGUUUACGAGACACAAGUGACACUCCUGGAGCAAACCUCAGAGGAGCCUGCAGCGGACAGUACCAGAGUCCAGGAGCGUUGUAGCGCUGGAGAAUUCAAGUUUGAAAACUUGCAUUCCAAUGCAGAGGAAACCGAAAACCUCACCUGUCCUGCGUGCCGUAAGAGUUUUAGGAAACCAAUAACGCUAAGACGUCAUCUAAGAGCUGAACACCCAACACUCAUGCAGCUGCACCGCUGUGACAAAUGCGAGAAGACUUUCCAGACAAAGCGUCGUCUAGAGCAGCACCUUCAAGCUCAUGCUGAAGUGAAACCGUACGUUUGUUCCUAUUGCGGCAAAGGGCUUCCAUGCCCAAAAGUGCUGAAAACUCAUUUGCGUCUUCACACUGGGGAACGUCCAUAUGCCUGUAAGUUUUGUGAUAAGAAGUUCGACCAGCCGUACUCGCUGACGCAGCACGUCAGAUUGCACAAAGGGGAGAAGCCGUACCUGUGUAGUGAAUGUGGAAGAGCCUUUUCCAACUCCAGUGCUUUUCUGAUCCAUUCACGGCAGCACACAGGUGAAAGACCAUAUCACUGCAAGGACUGUGGAAAAAAAUACAUCACACUGCAAAGGCUUAAAGUCCAUCAACGAAUUCACACAGACGAGCGUCCAUUUCCCUGCCCCCAGUGUGGCAAGUGUUUCCGUUGCCAAUCGGGGCUCGCUAAACACCAUCGAAUUCACACUGGAGAAAGACCUUAUAAAUGUGUUGCGUGUGACAAAAGAUUUUACACGUCACACAACCUGAAAAUACAUUUGCGAAGUCACAAGUUGACAAGACAAGCUAAAGCAUCUACAGAGUGAUCUUUUUGGUAUGGGCCCGAUAACUUUACCUGCUCUCUGAUAUGUGGGAUAUUUGAACAUCUGAACGUUUGAACAGUUCAAGUUUGUGUUUGCAUCUGGUAAGUUAUAUAGUAUGGAAAUAAAUGUUGUUGCCCCAAUCUUCAGAUUCAUCGUCCCAACAGUCAACAAGGUCUGCACACUGAAGACACUGCAACCCUUUGCCCCAUCCACUGUACGCUGACUGCACAUCUGGAUAUUUAUAGCAUUGUAUACAGCAGUUUGAACGUGGUACCGUACAUAUGCGUGUGACCUGCAGAGUUCAGUAAUAAUUUCUGCUAUAAUUGCUGGUUUUUUGUCCAAUAAGGAAUGUCACUUUUUAUUGUCUUGCUGCAUAUGAAUAGUUUUUGUAUACCUUGGGCAAUUUACUGUCUAGACUUUGCAAGUGAACUUUGAAUGUCACUGAAUAAAAUAAUUGUUAUCAGGCUUAAAAUGUUAUGGCCUAUUUGAGUGUAAUUCCUGUUCUUCUCCAGACUGGAAGAGUUCCUCCCAGUACCAAGUUUUUCACCCCUAGGGGUAACUGAGCAAUUAAUGCUUUCAUUUAUAUCCAUUAGAGAGAUUUAACAUCCUUAUAUGUACAGUAUGGGAUUAAUGGAAGAAAAUACAGUUUCCUGAUGUGUUAAAACGCUUGAUAUUUCAGUGCUAUUGAAAGUCUCUGUUCUGUCUUUUCAACAUGAACGUUUCCUUUUCAUCAGGACAAUUCUCCAUGUCAGACACCAUCCCGUCACACACUCGCGUGUAAAAAAACCUCACCGGCAUGUGAAGAUCAAGUUGAUCAUAUGAUGGAUGAGAACAAAUACAGGACUGAGAAAUCACUGCGAGGAAAUAAGGAACAGAAGACUGAAGCGAGGAAACAAUUGUACUGUAGAAGACUGCUGUCAGGAUGAUGGAGAGACUGACGACGGCUUCAAUGAAACUGGGGGCCAUCACCACUCACUUCCUCUCUGUGUCCUGUAGAAGGCACAUGGCAGGUGACAGUGGUUGGCAUCUCUUCCAUUGUGGGCCUACAUUAUUUUCUGGAUAACACAAAGACGUUAGAGAAGCAAACUGACUUGUUUUUGAAUAAAGUAUGUUAUCUUUCCAUUUCUUCUCUCAAAACUGAAAGGGUGUGGAAGGGAGACUGAAAUUCACAAUAUGCCUUGGAAAAAAAUCAUUCUUCAGUCAAAGUGCAAGUCCAGAGAUUUUCAUGUAUGUGACGGACUGUCUGACCCUCUUCCACUGGCCAUGUUUGGUAUAAACAGAGGGGUAUUGUGGCCACUAUGUUUGCCUUGUGUUGGGAAAAACUAGCUUUGAGUAUAGCUUGUUCUCAACUCUGAUACUCUUACACAGCUAGAGCAUGAUGCUGUCCACUCUUCACCAAGCCCUCUGGGAAAAAUUAUCAUGUUUACAACUUGCAAGCGUUCAUGUAAUUAGAUAAUGCAAGAUGGUAUCAAUUAAAUUUGGGUUAAACUUCCUUGAACGACAGACUUUGGCUGACGUGAGGCACCCAUGUUUGUUUGGUUUUCAGGCUCUUCAGUAUUUCUAAAUCGUUGAAUAUUGCCUAGAGCGGAAUCCGCAAAGGCUUGACUGUGAAGUCACACAACUCUAGAGGCUGCAACUAACUGGUCAGUUGCUUGGUCUGUUAAAUGUCUUGGUGAUGUUUUCAAAUUGUUAUGGCUGACCAACAGUCCAAAACUCUAUGAUGAAUGUCAAUUUAUAGUGAUACAAAACAGAGAAAGGCAGCAAAUCCUCACAUUUUAGAAGCUAGAACUGGAACAAAAUUGUGCUGACUAUAUUUUUCUUUCUUGAAAGCAAAUAACAGGGACAAAAUCUUCACAUGGCAUGUAGAUUGAGCGAGUUUAUCCCUAAUUCUCCUGUUUCCUGUUGGCAGAAACAGCUGCCAGAUGCUCAGAAAGUGAAUGAACAUCUGGAUCUGAGCAGACGCAAGGAGCCAUUGAAAGAGGAUGUGAUUUAGUGUUCUACAGGAGCUGUCUGUCCCAUUCAGCACGAAACCAAAGCACAAGAGAGAGCGCAGAUGAACACACCUGCUGGGAAAGUGGGAAGACGUUCAAAUCACUGGACCUCUUGAAAGGACAGCAAUGUGUUCACUUUUUGAAGCGGCCAAUCCAGCGCAACAACUGUGACUAAACAGAGAAAAACCUGAAGCAGCGUCACAUUGUUCACUCAGCAACACUAAGCAUGCGCAUGAGGACACACAGGAGAGAAACCGCAGCAGUGUCUCUAUUGUCACGAGAUGUUUUCCCAAAAAUCCAACAUAAAAGUGCAUCUAUUGCAUCAUCUGAUGUGACAGAUUAAAGCCUAGUUCAUUUCUUAUUCAGGACAAGCUGUUAAUGUGUCUUCAUAUCACAAAAUAACUACAAAUCAAAUGUUGCAGCUCAAACAAAUAUGGAAAUGGUGCUACUGUAACAAGGGCUAAGGUGUACACAUCCAUACCAGGCAUUUAAAUUUCAUAAUAAACUAUGAAAAUGGCUCGUCUUA